GCUUUGCACCUGUCUCUUAAGCAGCCCAGUUCUUCCUUCGAUACAGCACGACACGACCAGAACACCAGAUUCCUUCAGCCCCCGAACCUGAUCGACCGAACCAAUGGAGCCGGAAGCGGACAAGGCUGCGGCGCCGGCAGCAGCCGCGGAGGCCAGCGACGAUGCAAUCCAAGAGGAGUCCCCAGCCCCGACCCCUGGCCCGGACGGGAAGCCCGGAUCGGGUGUGGCGGCCUCACCGGAGGUGGAGGUGCAACUGUUCCGGCAGGGGCGCGGGCCGGUGGCCGUGUUCCGGUCGCGGCUAGGCGGGUGGACGCAGGACCAGCUGGAGGUCGGCGACAUCCUGGAGCAGCACGGCCUCAAGUCCGUCUUCGCCUUCGACCCCGCCGCCCGCACCCGCGGCGUCGCCAUCCGCUUCCACCCCCGCAACGGCCGGUCCCUCCUCACCUACGCCCCCGGCUCCACCAUCUUCCUCGACGGCGAGCCCAAGGAUUCUUUGCUGAAACCCAUAACAAAGGUGAUGAUUGGGGUCGCUGCUAUGACGGCAGUAGCUGCAGUGUUAUUGAAGGAGGCGAAGAUGCCCGAGUGGCUUCAGGCGUCCAGGCUCGGCACCGUAAACUUCCCACCAUGGGUGCUGGCUUGCAUGGUCAUCGUGUUCAUGAGGCUCCGGAAGAGAACCAAGGAUGUCAUGAAAAAGUUUGGCUUGGCUUCAUGAGGCUGUCUAGUGUUGAUGGCUAGCACGCUGUGCUUCUGUCUGCUCAUUCCAAUGUCAUCAAUAUAGGGGAUAUUCACAUGUAAUAUUGAUGUCUUUUUAUUUGUGGAGAAUGAAUGCAUCUUAAAGAGAAUUGAGUUGACCUUGUGUUGAACA